AUGCACAUUGUAAGCAGCUGCCAUCAUAUAGAAGCGCUCAACCUAACCGUUGAUCCUUGCGAUGAUUUCUACCAGUUUACUUGUGGAGGUUGGGAGGCCAAAAAUCCAGUUCCAGAUUCAUCGUCCAGCUGGUCUCAAUUCAGUGUUCUGGAUGACCAACUGAGCAAUGCCAUUAGUAAAAUCUUGGUUGAACCUGUCGGUGUACAAUUAGAACCAUCACCCAUCAACCAAGCGAAAUGGCUCUACGCCCAGUGCAUCGACGAAGAUGCCAUCGAGUCUGCAGGGACAACUCCUUUGACAGUCAUCCUGGCUGAAAACGGAGGAUGUGCAUUGUUGGAUGUCUGGGUCAUCGCAGAUGAGAAGUCAACACCUGAAACUGCUCUGUAUUUAGACCAGACCAGCCUUGGCAUGUUAAGAUCUGCUUUGACCGACCAAAGCAACUUAUACGAAGAACGUUUCAAAGCAUACAAAGCUUACAUAAAAACAACAGCUCAAAAAAUCUCUGCUGAUUUGGGUGAAACCGUCGCUGAAGCUGAUUUGGAUCAGCAAGAUAGAAGAGACAUUGAGAGAAUGUAUAACCCAAUGACCAUUGGUGAUUUGGAUGGUCUAAUGACAGGAUUUUCAGUCUCCUGGCUAGCUAUGCUCAACUUCAUGUUCGCGAAUGUUGUGGUGGAGCAGUACAGAACUGGACGACCUGGGUGCUCCCACAGACAAGCAGCAAUGGUUCAUUUCCCCCACAACAUUAACGCUUAUUACGAGCCGGAGUUCAACUCCAUCGCCUUCCCUGCCGGCAUCUUACAGCGUUUUUACCGAGCCAGCAACCUGCAGGCCAUAAACUACUGCGCUAUUGGGCAGGUGAUGGGCCACGAAAUCACGCACGGCUUCGACGACCAAGGAAGCCAGAACGACAUAGAUGGUAACGCCAUCCCGUGGUGGUCAAACACGACGCUGCAGGCGUUCAAGGAGAAGGCGCAGUGCGUCAUAGAUCAGUACGAGAGCUACACCGUGCCUGAUAUCGACUAUCUACUUCCUGGGGCGCAUGUCAAUGGGAUUAAUUAAUACGGUGAGAACACCGCUGACAACGGCGGCCUACGUGAGGCAUACUUGGCCCACUUUGCCGCGUUAAAUACACGUAAAACGAAUUUUCCAUCAGACUCAGCAAACACUAACAACGGCUACUGGUUAGGCGCUACCAACUCAACUGGUACGCACGUCUGGCAGUGGAGCGACGGCUCAGCAGUGCAAAUGGGCGCUCCGUUCUGGGCUUACAAUGCUCCAUCGAAAGGUAUAUUCGAACCCAGUGGCGGGAGGACAGAGGACUGUGCAGGGAUCUAUUCCUCUCGGGACUGGGCGGUCCAUGACAUAUCUUGUAACAUCAACUUUAAUCCUGUGUGCUCGAGAAAUCCGGUGAAUGGCCUAUGCGCACAUCCAUUUGUUUUGGUGGGCACGCAAUGCGUUCACGUAAUUCUCACGAAACACACCUGGAGAGACGCGCGCACUCAGUGUGGAUUGGUCGGUGGUGACUUGGUCAUUCUAGAUGACUACGACAAGUACAGAAAGCUGUUCCUCUACUUCCAGCAGCGUAAAGAUUGGAAUCUAAGCGUACUGUGGAUUGGCGGCUCAGACUUAGCCAUGCAGGGACAAUGGCGCUGGGUUGACGGUUCGAAGAUGGCCAUGGGGCUGCCAUACUGGGGGACGACUGCUGUUGGACAUCUAGAACCCGACAACCCUGGCGUGGAGAACUGCCUGGAGCUCAGUUCCGUGUGGAUGUACAGGUUCUCCAACACGCUGUGCUCCAACACGCGACGGGUGAUCUGCGAGGCGCAGCCCCUCUAGAUCUGCGAGGCGCAGCCCCUCUAGAUCUGCGAAGCGCAGCCCCUCUAGAUCUGGGAGGCGCAGCCCCUCUAGACCUGCGAGGCACAGCCCCUCUAGAUCUGCGAGGCGCAGCCCCUCUAGAUCUGGGAGGCGCAGCCCCUCUAGACCUGCGAGGCACAGCCCCUCUAGAUCUGCGAGGCACAGCUUUUUCAGAUCUACGAGACAUAGCCCUUCUAGAGGAAUACUUAUCAUUUAAAAAUGCUGCAAACUCCCUGAAGAACGCACCAUGCAUAAGAACACACUAUAAUAACACACCAUAAGGACACACCAUAAGAAAAAACAUAAGAACACACCAUAAGAACACACCAUUAACAUACAUGGAAAAGAAUCAGGUUCAUACUAAUGCCUUAAUUAACCGGUUCUUUUAAACCACUAAUAUUUCCCGAAAAGAUUAAUCAUUCUACAUAUAAAAUAACAAUCACAGUUGAAAUUUUGACUGGGGUUCAGUUUUUUGGCUGUUUCUGGCUAAGGAAAAUCUCGAAGUAUUUAAAAUAAAGUGCAUUUUAUGGUCGGAACUGCAGAAAAAUUGAACUGGUGAAAUGCAAUUGAAGUAACAUGGGACAAUGUAUUCGUCCACGACACUAUGAUGUGCUAAAUAGAAAUGAUGAAAUGCCUCAAAACCUCAAUUAUUGGAACAGUAUCUAGGGACUGAGCUUUUCAGGUCUCAAUAUUCGAAGGAUUCGAUUGUAUGGUGGCCAUAGAAAUGAAUGAAAAUAUUAAAUAAUCAUUGCUGUAGGAAUGUAAGUUUAUAAUAAUACCGUAUUACUACCUUUGUCUUUGCCUGGAGUACAAUUAAGUUUGGAUUGUGAAUUUAGCACUACUGUUUUUUGUUAUGAAUAACUGAGAUUUUACUUCGCUUUCGCUGCAUUCAAGAAUUUAAUUACAAGUCCUAGAAUUUAUCGCUAAUUUGAAAAAAGUUAUUUCUGAUACAGUCUGGCCUGCAUACAUCGAUUUCUUGCAUCCUGGUUGUGUUUACGCAUAAUUAUUUUCAUCAGUGUUUUGUGCUUGUGCCAUUACUCAAUUCUCCUGCUUCGCUCAGUUAAACUAUUAUCAUUAUUCUUUUAAUUUAUUACAUACUCGGUUUAAAUCGCGGCCACCGCGCCGAUGAUCUUGAAUAACGACUUCUAAAGGAUGUAAUGCCGGCGAAUCUCCCCGGACUUCGCCGCUCUCUUAGCUCGACUCCUAAAGUGACCGAUAGCUUAUAGCUAGGUAAUCCAGUAACUGAAGGAAUAUUAAUUUCUGGGGAAGAAAUUUAUUAGAAGUGGCAUUAGAUGCCAUUCAGAGGUUUGACUUAGAUAAAAUGUGCAAUGAAAAGUAAUAGGUUGGC